AUGCCAUUACAACCAACCACCACCCACCACCCAUCACAACCACCCGCCUCCACCAUCCAUCACCACCACCCCCACCACCGUCACCUUUCACCACCAACCAUCACCUCUUAUCCCUGCCUCCACAACCCACCACCACCCCACCAAUCACCCGCCAAAACCAACAUACACCAUUACCACCGUCACCACCAACCACCACCCACCCAUCACCACCACCUAUCACCUUCACCCGUCUCCACCACCCAUCACUACCACUCGCCACCACCACCUGCCACCCAUAAUAAUUACCACCCUACAUAUCACCCCCACCACCGUUCACCACCACCACCACCUACCACCUAA